UGUCCAAUAAGCCAUCAUGCAGUCUGAACGUGUUUUCUUAUUGGCGUGCGCAACACGCCAGUGUACAUAACGAGCAAGUCUCUAAGCGAAGCAACGCAACAUAAGCAGCAAGCAGUUAAAAUCAAUUAAAACAAGUUAAAUGUGUACAGUGCGUAGAUCAAUUGCUAGUGCAUUACAAUUUAAACAAAAUGUACUGCUAUCAAAGGGCAACAACACAUUCGCAACCCGCAAUGCGGGCAGCAGGCUGAAGAAUCGAUUAAACCUAUCACGUUAUUUGAGCAGCAUCAAUAAUAUCGAUACUGGUGGAGAAGAAGCCGUUACAGGCCACGCUCUUAUCACGAGCCCAAAAACAGUGAGUGAUUUCCAAGAGCUCUACGAAGCAACCAAAAAGAAAUUUCAAUCCAAGAAGCUGCCAGUCGAUGUGCAUCCAGAUGCUGUCUUUGCGUGCAAUGAACUCGACUUGAGCGAGGUGCAGGUCUAUGGCUUCGACUAUGAUUACACGCUGGCCUGCUACAAGCCCAUAUUGGAGGAUUUGCUCUACAAUUUGGCGCGUGAAAUGCUCGUGAAACGCUUUCGCUAUCCCGAUGACAUCUUGGAACUGGAGUAUGAGCCGAAUUUUGCUGUGCGAGGUCUGCACUAUGAUGUAGAGAAGGGGCUGCUGGUCAAGCUCGACUCGUUUCUGCAGCUGCAGCUGGGGUCCGUUUACCGUGGACGCACCAAAGUUGAUGCGGAUGAGGUGCUGAAGCUCUAUCACAAUCGCCUGCUGCCCAUAGCGUAUGUGGAGGGACCCAAUAGCUCUUAUCGACACAAUACAAACUCUAAAAUGGUGCAGCUGGCGGAUCUGUUUUCGGUGCCUGAGAUGUGUCUGCUGUGUAAUGUCAUCGAAUAUUUCGAACGCAAUCGCAUCGAUUAUAAUCCCGAAAUAGUAUUCCAUGAUACGAGAACCGCCAUGGGCUCCUGUCAUCCCAUUAUGCAUGCCACCGUCAUGAAGAAUACUCAAAAAUACAUUGAACGCAAUGCGAAGCUGGUGCAAUACUUCCAAAAGCUGCAGGAUGCGGGCAAGAAUCUCUUUCUGGUGACCAACAGUCCCUUUUCAUUUGUCAAUUGCGGCAUGUCUUAUUUGGUGGGUGCCAAUUGGCGCGACUUCUUCGAUGUGGUGAUCGUGCAGGCGAGGAAGCCCAAGUUCUUUACUGACGAAUCUCGGCCUAUUCGGUUGUUCGACGAAAAGACCAAGUCACAUCUCUGGGAUCGUGUUUUCAAGCUGGAAAAGGGCAAAAUCUAUUACGAGGGUUCAGUGCGUCAGCUGCAGGAACUGAAAGGUUGGCGUGGUCACUCCGUGCUUUACUUUGGCGAUCAUCCCUACAGCGAUCUGGCGGAUGUAACACUUAAGCACAGCUGGCGAACAGGCGCCAUCAUCAGUGAGCUGGCACACGAGAUAGAGACGCUGAAUCGCGUGGACUUUAAGACGAGCGCCAAUUGGCUGCAGAUGCUCACUCAGCUCAUCGAGGACACGCAGGACGACGAUAGCGAGGCGGCUCAAGUGUGUUUGCGUCAAUGGAUGGAUGAGCGUGAUCAAUUGCGCAACAAAACGAAGAACGUGUUCAACGAGCAAUUCGGCAGCGUUUUUCGCACGUAUCACAAUCCCACGUAUUUCUCUCGUCGUCUAUUCCGGUUUGCUGACAUUUACACGAGUGACAUAACGAAUUUGCACAAGUUCUCGACAUCGCACACCUUCUAUCCCCGCCGUGGCGUGAUGCCCCACGAGUAUGCAUCGCAUUUUAUAUAG